AUGGGAAAUAUAAAACAGCCAUUGUGCGACAGUCGAUUUUUCAAAAGCCAAAGAGAUAAAGACUGUAACAGAAUGACUGAGAGACAAGUAAGAUAAUGCGGUUGAUAAUCAGGCUUCGGUAAAGUGCCAUCCUCCAAGCCACCGGCUGGCUCCGUAGGAGUGCCUUUUCAAGUCGGCUAUCUGCAUGAGCUCCUGCCUCAUUACCAUGUGCAUCUCUGGACAGCUUCCUCCCAGCUUCAGCUUGCCCCCCUUGCCAUACUCCCACCAGCUGGAGAGAGCAAAGUCAACCCAACUUUCUUCAAAUCCCAAACUUCCACAAAACUGCCAGCCGCAGAGCUCCCAGCAUCUCCCAGGGCCCCAGAGAGCAAAGCGCUCGAGUCCAGCCUCACCCACACCUGCUUUUCCCAGUGACUGGCCCAGCACGAGGUUCACAGCGGUGGGCAACUCCACACACUGUCGUCUCUUUCAGUGGGCGAGCUCCAUGAACGUUCUUGAGGUUGUCCUUGGGCGAUUCCUAUUAGCAGGCUGGAUAUUCCAUGGGGAUGGCUGGGCACAUUUUCCUGAGGAUUGGGCUGGUGGCGACCACGCUGUGCACAGCUACGAGUAUUACGAUGAGGAAGAGCCCAUCAGUGCCGCACCUACCCACGCCGACAAUCCUGACUGGUACUACGAAGAGGACGAUGCCUGCCAGCCCAACCCCUGUAAACACGGCGGGGACUGCCUCACCGACGGGAGGACCUUCACGUGCAGCUGCCUGGACCCUUUCUCUGGGAGCAGGUGUCAGAACGUGCAAAACAAUUGCAAGAACAACCCGUGUGGCCGGGGCCAUUGUCUCAUUACCCAAAGUCCUCCGUACUACCGCUGUGCCUGCAAACACCCUUACAUGGGUUCACGCUGUUCCAUAGUGGCUCCCGUGUGCAGGCCAAACCCCUGCCAGAACGGCGGCACCUGCUCCCGGAAUAAGCGGAGAUCCAAGUUCUCCUGCUCCUGUCCCGACCACUUCCGGGGCAGAUUCUGCGAAAUAGGUCCUGAUGACUGCUAUGUCGGCGACGGCUCCUCUUACCGAGGGCAAGUGAGUACGACAGUCAACCAGCGCACGUGCCUUCACUGGAACUCCCCCCUCCUCCUGCGGGAGAAUUACAACGUGUUUAUGGAGAAUGCUGAGGCCCAUGGCAUUGGGGAGCACAACUUCUGCAGAAACCCAGAUGGAGACCAGAAGCCCUGGUGCUAUAUUAAAGUUAGCAGUGAAAAGGUGGAAUGGGAGUACUGUGAAGUCUUGGCCUGCUCAGCCCAAGACAUCGCCUACCCAGAGGAAAGCCUGACUGAGCCCUUGGCCAAGCCUCUGGUGUUUGACUCCUGCGGGAGGACCGAGACAGCGGACAGUCCUAUCAAGAGGAUCUAUGGAGGCUUCAAGAGCACAGCGGGCAAGCACCCGUGGCAGGUGUCGAUCCAGACCGUCUCCAGGCCCCAGGGCCACUUCUGCGGGGGGUCACUGAUACACCCCUGCUGGGUGCUCACUGCCGCCCACUGCACUGAAGAAAAAGCUAGAUAUCUAACAGUGGUGCUGGGAGACCAGGACCUGAAGAAGACAGAAUUCCACGAGCAGAGCUUCAGGGUAGAGAAGAUAUUCAAACAUGGCGACUACCAUGAAACAGAUGAGAUUCCCCACAAUGAUAUUGCUUUGCUCAAGUUAAAGCAAGUGGAUGGUCACUGUGCUCUGGAAUCCAAAUACGUGAAGACCGUUUGUCUGCCGGAUGGUCCCUUUCCCUCUGGGACCGAGUGCCACAUCUCGGGCUGGGGUGUUACAGAAACAGGGGUAGAGUCCCGCCAACUCCUGGAUGCCAAAGUCAAGCUGAUCACCAACGGUCUGUGCAACUCCCGCCGACUCUACAACCACCUGAUCGAUGACAGUAUGAUUUGUGCGGGAAACCUUCAGAAACCCGGGCGAGACACCUGCCAGGGGGACUCCGGAGGCCCCCUGACCUGUGAGAAGGACGGCACCUACUACGUCUAUGGCAUCGUGAGCUGGGGUCUGGGAUGUGGGAAGAAGCCAGGGGUGUACACUCAAGUGACCAAGUUCUUGGAUUGGAUCAAGGCCACCAUCCAAAGGGAGAGUGGCUUCUAAGGUCCUGUCUUCUGAACCUUGGAGCCCAUUCUCCUCCCAGCCAGAUAAGGGGAAGCCUCCAGGGCAGCCACAGACACCCCUGGGAGCAUCCAGGAGGCCACGCAGUGAAGAGUCCAUGCACUAAGCAGAGAUGACGCGGCCUGGGCCUUCCUGGACCAACAUCUGCACCAUCUGCCUUCCCGGGUAACCCAAGGAACGAUGGAACCCACACAAAUACAUUAUGUCUGCUGCCCUUGAAAUAACUGUACCUUCUAGAAAAUCAGUGUUCACAGAGACUGCCUCCACCUGGGACAUUUGCAAACGCGGACUACAGAUUGCCCAGCACCAGUGGGAGUCACCUGUGCACCUUUAUUCCCCAUCCCAGACACUCGAGGUACUGAACAGAACCAGCCAACCACGUCUCGGUAUCCGAGAGAGAACCAAAAACACAACAUUCUCCAUUUGCUUUCAGAGUUGUUACUUUAAUAAAGGCAAAUCUGGGUGGGCUCGUGGGCCGUUUUCACAGCUCGCCCAAACCAAAGCCAUCUACAGCAUGUCUCUGGCGCGCAAACGUCCUCUCCGCUGGCUUCUCUCUCAAAAGAAUCAGGGUG